AGAGGCAGACCGAUAAUGAAUUGGAAACCACCCAAAUUUUAUAUUGGCCUCGACGAGGGCGCCUGCUGAGGGAAGAAAAGCAGCAGAACUAUUGUUUAUGUAUCAUCAUCAUCCUCUUUUGGAAUCAUACAAACCUACUCCAGGUUCUCAAGCAAGUAAAUCACACCAAAAGUGGGUGCAAAUAUCUGUCUGCAUAAUCUUCCGCCAACCGAGAGAGAGAGAGAUGGAUGGGAGAGCGAGGGCUUUGCUGCCGUUUGUAGGGAUGAUAGUGGUGGUUCAGGCUCAAGCGAGCAACAUGGUGGUGAUGAAAAUGGCUAUGUCCGAUGGGAUCAACAAGUACACCAUGGUCUUUUACAGUAAUGCCCUCUCCUCUCUCGUCCUCCUCCCUUGUCCUUUCAUCAUCUCUCGCAGGUCAGGGUCGUGUCUACCUCUCACUUUCGCUGUACUUCGCAAGAUCUUCUUGCUCGCUCUGGUUGGAUUCGCAGCGCAGAUUUGCGGGUACGUCGGCAUCGAUUACAGCUCCCCUGUUCUGGGCACGGCCUUGAUGAACCUCAUCCCAGCUUUCAUUUUCAUUCUUGCCAUUAUUUCAAGGAUGGAGAAAGUGAACUGGAAAAGCUCCAGAGGCCAAGCUAAGCUUGUGGGAACCAUCGCAUCCAUUCUUGGUGCAUUCGUAGUCACUCUCUACAAGGGUCCACCGAUUCUCCCUUCACCUUCGCCUCCUCCUUCUGUCCAACCUCGCCACCUUCUGUUUCUUCUCUCGCAGCAAUCCAAUUGGAUCCUUGGUGGGUUUCUCCUCGUGGCCGAAUCUUUCUUGUUAUCAUUGUGGUACAUUGGACAGGCAUUCGUCCUCAAAGAUUAUCCCGUGGUGCUGAACUUAAUGUUCUAUUCAAUUUUCUUUACGACUAUUCUUUCCGGGCUAUUCUCCUUCGCUAUAGUGAGAGAACCGCAAUCGUGGAUUCUAAAAGUUGAUGCAGGUCUGAUCGCUAUUUUGUAUUCGGCUCUGGUUGCUGGCGUCUUCAUGAUCACAUUGUGUACAUGGUGCCUGAAGGAAACUGGACCUGUUUAUGUCUCCAUGUUCAAGCCUUUGGGGAUUGUAUUUGCUGUCAUAUUGGGGUUCAUUUUUCUAGGCGAGAUGUUACACCUUGGAAGCUUAAUUGGAGCGAUUGUGAUUGUAAUGGGAUUCUACGUGGUAGUGUGGGGAAAGUCCAAAGAGGAAGAGACGACGAUAAAGGGCAGUGGGGAUGGGAGGAGUUUGGCAUCCUCCAGCCAUAAGAUUCCUUUGCUCCAAAGCAGAGCUUCAAGCGUGUAAAUAAUCUUGGCAACAU